AUGAAGUUCGCCACCAUCAUCGGCCUUUUCGGCCUCGUCCCGCUCGCCCUCUGUGACAACCGCGGUAGCUACACUGUUUCCGGCCUCGGACAGCGCAAGCAAGAGAUCCUCAAAGCCGGCGGAACCACCAUGGAUAUGGCCAUCGCCAUGCUGGAAAGUGACCACAUGAAAGCCGACUACGUCUACGGCGACGGCAAAUCCGGUGAUUCGACCAACUUUGGCAUCUUCAAGCAGAACUGGAUGAUGCUGCGUACCUCUGCCAGGGAAUUUCACGGCCAAUCUACUGGCCAGGUUUCCAACGGUGCGGUCUUGAACUGGGACCUGAAGAAGGAUGUCAAGGCCCGCCAUGACGGUGAGAAGCACUAUGGGUUCGACAUCUGGGUUGCCGGCCAUCGCAAUGGAGCCUCUGGUCUGCAGAAUCCGUACACGGAUGAUAUCAACACGUACAAAAGUGCCAUUCAGUGGAUCCAGCAGCAGAUUCAGAGUGAUCCCAAGUAUCAGAAAGACGAUACCAGAUUCUGGGUUGACGUUACGGCAAUCUAA